GUUAACAAUGCAGGUGGCACAGCUCCGUCGAACACAUUGACACAUGGAUUCGAUCAGUCUAUGGAGACCUACGACUACGUCAUGAAUCUUAACACUAGAACGCCAUCGUUUCCUUACUACAGCAUGUCAAAAGCAGCUCUUGAUCAACUGACCAGGGCACUGGCUGCCAAGUACAUCCUGGAAGGAGUAAGAGUCAAUUCAGUGAAUCCUGGUAUCGUUGCAACAACUAUCAUGCAGAAGCAAGGUCUUUCUGAAGAAAAAUCGAGAAAG